ACUGCUUCUUUCUUUCUCUGAGAAACGAUGGCGGUUGCUCUCUCUUCUGCUACUCUCUUCCCCAGUAGACUCGGAGUUCAAAGGACUUCCACCGAUCAGAAUUCGACACGUGUGACCUCCAGCCCAUCUCCGAACGCAAUCGUGUUCAAUUUGAAUAGGUGCAGCAGAGGAGUCAGUUUCUCACGGAGGCGAAGCGGCGUCGUAGCGUCUGCGGCGUCGGGCUCACCAGGAAUUGAGUCUUCCUCUUCGAAUGCUGAAGAUACAGCAAGUUUGUUAGACACGGUGAAAGUUUUUGAUCUGAAUGGUAAUGGAAUUCCUAUUUCGGAUUUGUGGAAGGAUAGGACAGCUGUGAUCGCAUUUGCGCGCCAUUUCGGAUGUGUCUUUUGCCGCAAACGGGCUGACUAUCUUGCCUCAAAGAAGGAUAUAAUGGAUAAAUCUGGCGUGGCUCUUGUUUUGAUUGGACCUGGUAGCAUUAAUCAGGCAAAAUCAUUUUCUGAGCAAACCAGAUUCAAAGGAGAAGUUUAUGCAGAUCCCAGUCACUCAUCGUAUGAAGCAUUGAGAUUUGUUUCUGGUGUCACAACCACAUUCACUCCCAAAGCAGGUCUCAAGAUAAUACAGUUGUACAUGGAGGGUUAUAGACAAGACUGGAAACUUUCCUUUGAACAGGACACUGUGAGCAGAGGCGGCUGGCAGCAGGGUGGAAUUAUAGUUGCAGGUCCUGGUAAAAGUAACAUUUUGUACAUUCACAAGGACAAAGAAGCCGGGGAUGAUCCAGAUAUCAAUGAUAUUCUCAAUGCAUGUUGUGGGGCGUAGGUUCUGUGUAUCUCUACUAAACUUUGGGGUAUAAGUUGUGUAUCUCUAUAGUUACGCAUAUGUCAACUUGUGAGCUAUAAGUUCUUUGUAGUCCGAGUCUGACAUUUGCUGGUCUUUUGGUCACCUGGAGAACAUAGGAGAAUCCCAUCAUACGGAGCUCAUCCAAUUUGAUAUGGUACACGUUUCGGUGACAUUGUAAUAUAUAUAGAUUUCAGUACAUGGCUAUAAGAAGAAAGAAA